AUUUGGCGCAUGCGCCCCUGAUUCGAUCGCGUCCUGUCCUUACCUAAAAAUUUUCCUCGCCUUCAUUUUCCAUCAAAAUGUCGGCCAUCUGAUUUCCCUAACCUCAAAAGUGCAUAUGUGCUCUAGAAGAUGCGAUUAUCGUCCACUUCCGCUCCCCUCAGCCAUUCAUAAUCGCUUUCUCAACAUUUUAAGUGUGUGAGCCCCCGGCCAUGUCGAACUCCCUGUGCAAGACUUCGGUGCUCCGCAUCUACCAGGAGGUGAUCGACGACGUGAUCAGCGGCGUCCGCGAGAUCUUCCUCGAGGACGGCGUCGACGAGCAGGUCCUCCAGGAGCUGAAGCAGACCUGGGAGACGAAACUCAAGGCCAGCAAGGCGGUGCAGACCGAGGAGGAGAAGGCGAAGAAGGCGGAGAUGGGCGCCACGAACGGCUUCCCCAAGCAGCACGUGCAGCCGGCGGCGGCGGCCCCCGUGGGACAGCUCCCCGAGACGAAGAUGGUCCCCAUCCAGAUCACGCUCCCGGCGCAGCCCGGCAGCGACCAGGGCCCCCGGAUACUCACCAUCCAGGUCCCCGCGACGGCGCUGCAGGGCAACCAGCUGCAGAAGGUCCUCACGGGGCAGAUCAUCACCGGGAUGAUGAACCUCCCGGCCAACAUCGCCUCCUCGGUGCUCCAACAGCACGUCAACGCCGUCUUCAACAGCCAACAGCAGCAGAUCGUCACGAUUGUCAACAGGAAUAUCGCCCAGACGGACGGGAACCACGACGAGGAGGAACAGAUCGAAAUCGAGUUUGUUUUGCCCAAGAAGAAGGUGCCCCAGGUGGACGGCCCGGUGGACACCUCCGACGACGAUGAGGACGGGUCGGAUGACGAUAAUGACGACGACGAUAUCGACGAUGAGAAGGACGAGGAGGACCAGGAGAUGGAGGAGGAAGGGGGCGAGGAAGAGCCCCUCAACUCCGAAGAUGAUGUCACUGAUGAUGACCCAACUGAUUUAUUCGAUACUGAUAACAUUGUCGUUUGUCAAUAUGAUAAAAUCAUAAGGAAUAGGAAUAAGUGGAAAUUUUAUUUGAAAGAUGGGAUUAUGAACUUGAGUGGACAAGAUUAUGUCUUCCAAAAGGCUAAUGGUGAUGCGGAAUGGUAAUUUUUUUGUGAAAAAGUUGUUUAUUUUUUAAGUCACUUGCACGCAAAACACGUCACUUAUACUACGGAGCCCCCGGGUCCGACUUAAGUUAUUGAAUUUUUUUAUGUAAGUGGGAGAAUAGCCUGAAUUGUAGAUUUGUGUUAUCCAUUAUAAAUGUAACUAAUCAUAGGCGUUUAGAUUAAUCGAAAUUUUUACUAUGUAUUAUCAAUUAUCGAUAGCCGUUUGUGAAUAAAACUAUUUUUGAAGUUA